AUAGAUCAUCAGAUUGGUCCCCUGCUUCUUGUGACCAAACUUUAUACCAAACCCUUUUAUCCCAAUUUAAUUUCUUCCUACCCCAAACCCAAACCCAAACAUCCAAACACUCACAUCAUCUAAUCAUCAUAUAUCUCUCUUCAUAAUCACAAAUUCCCAAUGAAUCACACACCAUAAACACUCUGUUUUCCACAAUAAAACAGAGCAUCUCUUUAAAGCUAAACACCACCCACCUUAUCUAGACUCCUAGACUUCUGCAUUGUCUUACAUUUAUAAAAAAAAAAUCAUCGAUACCCGUGCAUUGUUAGCUCUUUUGCUGUUUGAUUCUGUUCUGCAACUCUACCUUAGCCUUGCUAUAAACCACCAUAAAAAUUAACACCCACUCUGUUUUACUCUGUUUUUAGGCUUCCAUUUUUUUCUUCCUUUUUCUUAAAUUGCUCAAUUUCAGUCACCAAUUUGGAGUUUUUUCGUUAAAAUCAAACUGGGUUUUGUAUAAGAGGUAAAUCCCACUUGGGUUUUGCUCUGAUUUUCACUUCAUUGUUAUUAUUAUAUCAUCAUCUUCAUACUCAUCACAUGUGCUCUGUUUUUCUCUGUUUUACUCUGUUUUUCUAACUUUCAAUUUCUUCAAUCCCAAUUUGGUGAAAGCUCUAUUCACAUUCCAAAAUCACUUCUCUCUCUUGUUUUUCACCAAUUAAAGCUCAAUUUUGUUGAGAACAGAGUAUAAAGGUUGUUAAUUUCUUAUUUUCAAGAUUUUGUUGUGUGUGUGAAAAGUUGAAGACUUUAUGAUGGCUUUGAGUGGGAGAUGUGAUGGGUAUUUUGUUUUUGUUAUGUUGAUGAUGGCUGGUUUGAUUGGAGUGUGUGUUAAUGGUGAAAAUGAUGGAGAUUCAGUUGGAGCUCCAAUGGUGAAAACAGAGCAAGAAGCUUUGUACUCUGCUAUUCAAGGGUUUGUGGGGAAAUGGUGGAAUGGGUCAGAUCUGUAUCCUGAUCCUUGUGGUUGGACACCCAUUCAGGGUGUUUCUUGUGAUAUUUACGAUGGAUUCUGGUAUGUUACAGAGCUAAGCAUUGGCCAAAUUCAUGACAACUCACUUCCCUGUGCUCAAAAUCUCAAAUUUAGACCCCAAUUCUUUAAACUUCAACACUUGAAAUCACUAUCAGUUUUCAACUGUAUCAUCUCACCUAGCCGAGGCCCGAUUUCAAUCCAAUCGGCUAAUUGGGACGCGUUUUCAAGCACUAUAGAGUCAAUAGAGUUUCGUGCAAACCCGGGUUUGACCGGUCAAAUCCCGACCAGCUUUGGUAACCUCAAGAAGCUCCAAUCCCUUGUAUUGAUCGAUAACGGGUUAUCGGGCGGGUUACCGGUCAGCAUUGGUAAGUUAACUCAGUUAAAGAGGUUGGUUUUGUCUGGUAAUUUGCUUAAAGGCAAAAUCCCAGAAAGUUAUGGUGAUUUGAGUGAGUUAUUAAUUUUGGAUUUGAGUAGAAACUCAUUGUCAGGGAGUUUACCUUUGACUUUUGGAGGGUUGACUUCUUUAUUGAAGUUUGACUUGAGUAAGAACCUAAUUGGAGGGGAGAUCCCAAGUGAGAUUAGUAAUUUGAAGAAUUUGACUCUUUUGGAUCUUAGCAACAACAAGAUUUCUGGUGGGUUGACUUUUGCAAGUCAAGAAAUGAGUUCAUUGGAAGAGUUGAUUUUGUCAAGCAAUCCCAUAAGUGGUAAUCUUGUGAACUUCAAGUGGCAAAAUGUUUAUAGGCUCAUGGUUUUGGAUCUUUCGAACAUGGGUUUGACUGGUGAGAUUCCCGAGUUGAUCUCGAGCUUGAAAAACUUGCGGUUUCUGGGUUUAAGCGACAACAAACUGUCGGGAAAUCUCUCACCGAAACUUGCGGAGUUGAGAAAUUUGACCGCACUUUAUGUCAAUGGAAAUAACCUCACCGGCGAGCUCAAAUUCCCCCGGGAAUUCUAUAUGAAAAUGGGCAGGCGGUUCGGGGUGAGGAAUAACUCAAAUUUAUGUUUUCCCGUUGAUAAGUUGUCUACUAGUGUUCGGCCGUUUGGUGUUAAGGUAUGUCGUGAAUGACCGUUGUGUUUCAUUCCCGAGAUCAAUAUUUGGGAAUGGAAUCACCGGGUUUGUUUUAGGUGAAAGUAGUCUUUUAGGUAAUACUUGUGUAAUCAAAAUCAACCUUGAUGAUUGAAUGAAUAUAUGAAUGUUGGAAACU